GUUCGUAACGACGACUCUGGAGGACUUCUUUCGGCGAGUGGUGAAGGAAGUGGCGAUGCAGCGCGAACAGAAGAACGUGAAUCGCGCAGACUAUCUCCAGUAUCUUAUAAACCUGAAGAACAAGGCAGCUGAGAGCAGUGCCACAGACAACGGUCACGACUUCGCGUCACAGAAGAACAUUUUCAGUGACGAUGACGUUGUGGCACAAGCGAUUACAUUUUUCGGAGAUGGGUUCGAAACUUCAUCCACGGCCCUGAGCUUCUCGCUGUACGCUCUGGCGACCAACCCCGAUAUACAGGAGAAGGUUAGAGAAGAAGUGGAGUCUGUCCUCAAGAAGCACGGAGGCGAACUGACUUUCGAUAGCAUCCAGGAGAUGACGUACUUGGAUAUGGUUUUCUCAGAGGUUCUGCGGAUGUAUCCUCCAGCCAUGUUCUUACCACGACAGUGCACGAAGCCAUUCAAACUUGAAACACCGUCUGGAGCUUCGUUUGAGGUCGAAGCAGGGACUCCAGUGGUAAUCCCUUUGUAUGCCCUCCACUAUGAUCCUCAGCAUUUCCACGAUCCAUUGAUCUUCGAUCCAGAACGUUUCAGCGAAGAGAACAAGAAAAAUCUACACAAGUAUGUCUACCUGCCAUUCGGCAAUGGACCGAGGAUCUGUUUAGGUUCUCGUUUCGCAAUGAUGCAAGUAAAGGCAGGAAUUGCUGCUAUAAUAUCAAACUUCGAGCUGAGCAGGACAAAACGCACACCAGUGCCAUUUAUCCCAGACCCGAACCACUUCUUACUGGCUGCCAAGGGCGGCCUCUGGCUCCAGAUGAAGAAACUCAAGCGAAAGGAUAUUUAACAUCUGGGACAUGUAGCUCUGAGCCCUGGCUUUGGCCAUGCUGCCGUUCUCUAAUAAAUAAACAAGCUUCUGGAAGACUUCUAUAAAACGUCUGGGAUAUAACGCCGUGUGGUCUGUUGAACAUCAGCCGACGUUCUGGAAGAAUUUGUCGCUUCUAUCUUCAGAGCUGAAGAAUAAGCCAAGCAAGAAACCAGCGUGAAGCAUUUAACAUUUAUCCUGAAAAUGG